AAUAGGCAUAUGCUCCAUGGUGUCAUCAUUACAAAGAAAAUAUGAUCUGCAUUUAUGUUUCAGGGGAAGGAAUAGUCUAUUCGAGACGUUUCGGGGUAACCAAAUUACGCACCACAGUGCUCAUUAAUGCAUCCUACUUUAAUUGUAAGCCUAUUCAAGUGUUUUAAAAUAAGAAUUGUUUGGGAAAGUUCUUGAACCAGCAGCAUAGGAAGUGGCCCCCAAGGGUGCCAUUGCUCUCCGGUGACAAGUGGACUGUUUUUACACCUUCCUUCUAAAUAAGGAAGCAGCCUGUCAGACAUAUGACCACCGACCCAAUUUGGGAGCUGCCAAAGUGUCCAUCAUGUCCCGCAGUUGCUUAACGCCACCCAAUGAGAUCUCUCCCUUCCUCGGUUUCACGGGCGCUGUGACAGUGUUCGGUUGAACUCUCCACAGACUUGGCACUGCAGUUCAGCGCCUCUUUUCUUGCUUGCUUGCAACUUCACUCUCCCCAUCCUCCGCCCUUGUAUUAUUCGAAGGGGCAGCAGUGAAGUCAGCAUGAUGUCAUCUAGAGAUGCGAUAGCCUGGCAAGGUGAAACAGGGUUUUGGUGAGUGGUGUUCUCCACGGCCUGCGUUGCCCACAGAGAGAGAAAGGCGCGGAGCUACAAAACAUGGUAAUCAUCACCGCCACAAUCUCAAGCUCUGCCACGCGCACUCCCAUUUCUACUCCUCUGCACUGGGGCUGUCGUCUCAUGCCCAGACCCCUGAUCCGCGUUCCAAAAAUAAUCCUCUGCCAGCAUGCCGAAGGAAGAAAAACAAGAAGAGUGGUAUUUUUAGGGCCAUUCAUUUUGACCACGUGCCCCGAAGGUAAACCGGAUGGCCAUUGCGCAAAGGUUCCUCAUCAGUAUGUCCUACGAGGCCAGCACGCACUGGACGUUGACUGCGAUUGUUCUCUUGGGGUUCAUAGUGGGGAUUGUGUCAUCAUAUCCUAUUCCAAGCAGGACAAAUGCAACUUUAUUGGAGAAAAGAUGGGAGACCCUCUUCUCCCGCUCCAUUCUGGGCAUCUCGGGGGAGAAAUCGGACCUGAACUGGGAGAGUGACUAUUUGCUAGGUAUCAAAAGAGUCCGGAGGCUCUACUGCAACGUGGGCAUCGGGUUUCACCUUCAGGUCCUCCCAGACGGCAGGAUAAAUGGUGUACAUAAUGAAAACCAGUACAGUCUAAUAGAGAUCUCAACGGUAGAGCGAGGAGUGGUUAGCUUGUAUGGGGUAAGGAGUGAGCUGUUUGUCGCAAUGAAUAGCCGAGGAAGGUUAUACGGAACGACAGUCUUCCAUGAUGAGUGCAAGUUCAGAGAGAGCAUGCUGCCAAACAACUACAAUGCCUAUGAGUCUUCCGUUUACAGAGGCUCCUACAUUGCUCUCAGCAAGCAUGGCCGUCUGAAGAGAGGCAAAAAAGCCACCACUGCCAUGACUGUCACACACUUCCUCCCCCGAAUAUGAGCAAAACUGGCAAAAACUCACUUAUUUGCACAUGUGGAUUGUUUUCCAGGUAACAUUAUUCUGUAUACAUGCAUAUACCAAUACAAAUGGACUGCAAAAGAAAGAAAUACCACUAUAUAUGAUAGUAUUUAUUCAGUCUUUUUUAUGUACAUUUCGGUAGCUUACUUUGUAUUAGAACUUAUGGAUAUGCCAUUAUUUGCUGCUUAUUAUUUUAAUUAGUAUUAUAUAAGGGGUGGAGAAGCUUAAUCUGUCCCCUUCACUUUAUAUGGGUGCUUGCCAUAACUGGUGGAGACCUUGCCCUGUCAGUGGAUGACAGCUCAGCCUCUAGAAAUUGAUACUUUUUAUUACCUCAAAGCGCCACGUCCCGAAUGAAAAAAUGUGUGCAUGAAAUUUCUACUGAGAAGAAUGCCUGUUUACUUUGAACUUUUGUCGUUAUCAAUCAAGUACUAGACAUUUUCCGUCCUCUGUGUCAACAUUAUACCAUUGUAUAGUAAGGGUAACUAGAGCACUUGCCAAAUGUUUGUUUCCUUGCUUUGUGAUGAGGUGGUGGCUGCCUUUGAUUCCUACUUGCGGCCCCUUCCCUUGCAUGCGAGAAAUGCGCCCCUCAGUCAGAAAUAGGGAUGACAUGCAUGUCAUCACUAACCUCAUACAGUCCAGGGGGCUUUAGCCCAAUUCCUAGAGGCCCACAAGUAUCUUCAGUUUAUUUUCUUUCCAGAAUAACAUCAAUUAAGUAAUUGAGACUCUAAUUGAGACUCUGUGUCCGAGCUCACAGCCAUUGGUGUGGGAAGCUAGAACUGGAGACCCACCAUCCUAGGGGGCUUGACAAUCCUGGCUUUUAUGAGGCUAGAUGGUUUUAUGAGGCUAAGUGUGUGAUGGCUAGAUGGUCAGACCAGAUUGAAAUGUGUGUGUGUGCCUGGUCUUGGACUAAAGGGAGCCUGCUGUAGUGAUCAGUUUGAUUCAUUUUGGUUAGUUAACUUGUGCGCUGGUUAGAUUUUUUUUUAGCACUUACAGUAUCUCCAUUUCUGCAGUAAAUAUUGAGCUGCAUAAAUAGUGCUUGUUUUCACAUUUACUCUGGAAAUGAGGGUCUGAUACAUUCAUUUGAAGUAAUGUCAAUAUUUCUGUGAAAUUUUUUGAGAAGCUUUGCUUAUUUCAUGCAACUGAGAUUUGCUAACAAUAUUUCAGGUAGCUAGUGCAAUCUGUCUUUUACAUCUAAUAUCUGAUAUUUAGAUAAUAAGGAUUGUACUCAUAGGUACCUGUUUCUUUCUUUCAUUCUUUAAACCAGUUAUUAAGUUAUAAGGUCUUGUGUGAAAGAAAAACAGAAGCAAUGUCUCAAAGCAUUUCACCAAAAGCUUACUGUAGUGAUGUUUGGACUUUGUGCAUUAUGCAGCAUAUUUGAAGUCAAUGCUUGCUUGCUCUCCUCCUCAAAUACUGUACAUUUCCAUAGUGGAGGGAAAAAUAUAUACAGUGCUGUACUGACAUGCAGAAGAGGACUUAUAUGGGACCGUGCAUGUGGUACCCAUUGUUUUUUUAACCUGCUAAGUAUGCGGAUCAUGUUGGACAAGCUACUCCCCAAAUACCUGAGCAGACCCCCCUUGGCCAGUUGACACUGUAAAACCCUUUGUUCAACAAUGGCCAUGAGAUUCCAGAAGUAUCCUUCCUCUCCCAUCCGGAGCCAUUUUAGUCCAAGGUCAGAGUCAUAGACUUCUUUCACUGUGUCUAGGCACGUGAUGUUCAGGUUGACCCGGAUCACUUUGCCCCUUUGAUCUACGUUCACUCUGUUAUUCCUUUAUUUAUUAAUGGAUGAUAUGUAGCUCGAAGAAAACCUUGCAUGAAUGACAUACAAUGAUUUUUAGGUGUAAGUGGUUUGAUGAUUCUGGACCUCUCUUUGACUGGUGGGCAAUGAGCAUGGACUUAUUGGGAAUGGAGUGGCAUAAUCUGAUUUAAAGACGUUUAUCUUUGGUUAUUACAGUCCUAUAGGUAUGUUUGGUGCGUCAGAGUAGAAUCCAUAAGAAAUGUUGUAAUCUUUUACCUCUUUUACAUUUACACCUGUUAAAUUCUUAUUCCAAAACAGCAUUCAUUGGUAGCCGACUGUAAAAUGGAUGUGAGCUGGUACUUACCCUCACCCAAGUACUUGUAGUAGGAAGAGACAGGCUGCAGGCUUGAUGCAGUGUCUAGUUGAGAUGGAACACAGAAAGCAUCCGUGUGUACAGCCAUCAUACUCUGUAUCUGCCACAGCCAAAGAGAAAGCAGAGGUGCUAUCAGAUCAAUUUACCUUGAGUCAGGAAUAAGCUGGAAUUGUCUUGCUGUGCAGUGCUAGCAAAGCACUACUUCCAAGGAAGAUGGUAUACAAGGGAGAUGGCAGACAAAGAGGAUGGCAGACAAUGAAAAUAUGUAACACAAAUGCUGUUUUGAAUGUGGGCCGUUAUGAGACAAAACAUGAUUUUAUAUGGAUAACAAGUAUUGCAGGUGCUUGAACCAUGGUGCUUAAGGGUUCUAUGGCUUGAAAACAAUUGGUGCUCCCUGGAGAUAUACUGUAAUAGUUUUAGAAAACAAGUUAAAAGUGUUGCUCAGUCUUCCAAGUAGAGUUAUCUCUACAGAUAGCACCAGAUCAAGCCUACCUAUAUUGUCACAAUGGAACUGAAAAAGGUCUUGAUCAUGACCUAUUCAGGAUGAUGAUCAGUGAUUGAGGAAUGAAAACGAGCUUUUCCACUGUUCUUGCAUGUGUCUUUCUGGGAUGACGUAGCAGGAUUCAUGGUUUAUUUCAUCUGGGUGGUGCAACAUCCUAUUUUCUAUCCCUUCUUCUCCCCAAAAUGUCAUCAUAAUAAGACAUGCAAUGUGAAUGUUCAUGAAGGUGUUUAAUAUUUGUUUUGAUAACAACAUCCUAUUGUAUUGAUCAUUCAUAUUUUUUUUUGCCGGUCCAUAUGGACAACAUGACACUAUCUGGACAACUUUGAGAUUUUGUAUGAAAAGAGCUAUAUAAAAUACAUUUAUUAUUAUUAUUAUUAUUAACAAGCAAAUACAUGAACUGAAAUAAGAGAUAUUUGGAAGUGUGAGAAUUGUGCCUCAGUCAAAAUGGCUUCUUAUGUCAUAAGGGGCACCUAGUUCAGUGUACAUCUGUUAGACCUACACACACGUCUUUGUACCAAAUGUAUUAAAGCUGCUCAAAGAGUGUUCAAGCCUAGAAGUAACUUACAAUGCAAUCCAUUGCGGGCUCUCCAACUUCUGCAAAGGUGCCGGUAGCGAGUCUGUGUGUGUCCCUGUGUGUUUACAUUUUAGUCAUUUAGCAGACGCUCUUAUCCAGAGCCACUUACAGUUAGCGAGUGCAUACAUUUUCAUACUGGUGUUGGCAGCCUUAGUUUGUGUUCUCGCUCAGUUUUAUAUUCCUGCACUGAGGGGAGUGUGCAUUCUCUAAAUCUCCCUCCUCUUUCUUAACAUAUACCUUACCUUCUGCCUUAGUUCCGAUUCAUUGAAAUGAUUGUAAAUUAGUUUGAAAAACAGACUUCUCCAAUCAUUUGUUUCUGAAAAAAUAUGUCGACGAGUAAGUAUACUAAUAUAUAAAAAAUGGUUUUCCUUUUAUUUUUGUACGUAUGUGCUGUGCACAACAGUCAACUGUAUUCCUGCAAUAAUAAUAAAACAUGUUUUAUAUGGGUUGUUAUGUUAUGCCUAUGGUUAAUGUAAAUUGUGAACUGGAUUUAGCAUGAUUGAACCUCCUAUGUAUUGAUUUUGUCAAGGCCACCCUAAGUAUUUUACAUUGAGGAGUAUAUUAUACACUAUUCAAAAUAAAAUAAGCCAGCGAGUGUUUCUUUGUGGCAAAUGAUAAGUAA